ACCUAUAAAGUAUAAACCCCAAACGAGAAGUGCUAGUGGGUAGUGGCCCAAAAUACCUCGGAAUAAAACCCCGAACAAAAAAAAUCAAUAACCCCUCUCUCUCUCUGUUCCGAUCAUCUCCAUUUCCAAUUUUGCUUAACCAUCUUUGGUUUUUGGUAUCCAAUUUUUUGCAAUGGAGGAACAAGAUUUGCUGAAUCGAAACACCGACUGCGUCCAUUUCAUGGCUUCUCCUCCCGCCUGCGACAAGGGACUUGAAUGUGAGUUUCGACACAGCAAGAUGGCGAGGCUCAACCCAAAAGUAUGCUGGUAUUGGUUGGCUGGGGACUGUUUUAAUCCAACUUGUGCUUUUAGGCAUCCUCCAUUGGAGGGGCAUGAAGCAGCACCAUCAGAGACCACCCCAUCUUCUAUUUCUGCAAACAAGAGCAACAUUCCUUGUUACUUUUACUUGAAUGGGAUGUGCAAUAAAGGUGAUAGGUGCUCUUUCUUGCAUGACGCUGAUGGUAGUGCAUCAACUGGGAAAUGUUCAAACACAGCUUCUGCAUGUACUGAAGCACUUCCUUCAGAAAACAAGGCAUCCACAGUAAAUGAAACAGUAUCAGCACCAACAGUUGCACACCACAACCCUUUGGAAACUGCGGCAAAGGCAACAGUUGGUACAAGAUUCCAGCCUAAGCAGGAUCUUGAUUAUCAGGAACAACUACGGAAAAGUGCUUCUCCUCAUGUUUCUGAAUAUGGGGAUGAAGAGGCUGAUGAAAUUAGAUCAAACUCCUUGCUCCUUCCAGCAGAAGGCUCUAUUCAUAGCAAAUCUCCCUUAUUCACUGAUCAGAGUUCAGAGGAGGGAUCAGAUGACCUUAUUGUGCAAGAGGAAUGGUGGGAAUCCUCUCCAGGCUUUGAUGUUCUUGUUGAUGGUAAAUCAGAGGAGGAUAGCCCCGAGUACUUUCCCACACUUGACGGAGAGCACUGGGAACUAAAUAAGGAGUGGCAUGAUUAUGACAAUCCAGAUGAGUAUGAUCCCCAGCAUCCUGGUGCUGAACUUUUGCAUGAAAACCAAAUUUAUGACUCCUAUGAUUGUCUAGAUACCAGGUACCUUUUUGGUAAUGAGAGAAGUAUUCAUGGCUAUGCAGAGGAUAGAAUGUUGGAUUCCAUAUUGUCCCGCAAGAGGAAGCUUAUGCCACUGGAAGUGGCAGUCGAUGACCAGGAUGGUUUGGAUCUCCGAAACCACCUGAGAAGACGCAGAGUGAUUGAUGAUUAUUCAAGUUCUGGAUUAUCGAGAAUGCAUGAAUCACUUCAGUUGAUCGGUAGAAGCCAAGAAUGGCCUCAAAGGCACGAUACAGGUUGGCAGAGAAGAUUGGCAUCAGAAGUGGAAAACAGAACUUUCGAAUCACGCAGGGAGAAUGAAUCAUUUAACAAUGCUGGAAUUGAACGUCGUCCACAUAGGCAUACACAGCAUUACAUAUCUCGGAAACAUCAGGAAAGAAGGCUGGCUAAGCCAGAGGUUCCUUCAUCUGGGUUCUCAAGGAGACCUAUACCAAGGGACAAGAGAUCAUCUAUAGAGGACUCAACUGUCUUUACAGGACCCAAGUCACUUGCUCAGAUCAAAGAAGAGAAGAUGAAAGCAGAGGAAAAUGGACGUGGUAUUAGGAAAUCAAGAUGUGUGCAGAGAACUCGAGAUGACUUCCAGGGCCCUAAACCUUUCACUGAAAUUCUAAAAGAGAAAAGGAAGCUAGCUGACAGGAGCGGUUCUGGCAGCAACUGAAGAAAGAUACUUGCAGGACAGGCGCUUAGUCAGUGAAGACUAUGUUUUUCGUGACCAUUACUAGGUGGAAUUAGAUUUAUAGAAAUACUUACUAGAUGAAGAUUGUGCGGGUGUGUGUGCCUUGUGCAGCAGAAGCUUACCUGCAUUUUUCAGAGACCUUUUUCUUCAAGGGAGAAGACUAUAAUAUGCACUUCAAAGUUAGCUUCCCGAAUUCCAGGGUGCAAGAAACUUGUUUGGGAGUACAGAUGUUGAGCCUACUUUUGCCCCCAGACAUCUUAGUUACCAUUCAAAAGCCGUUCCAUGACAGACUCUAGCUCCCUACAGAGACUUGAAGCCACUGAAAAGAAGCUCAUUUUGAUUUUUGCACAGGGAGAGCCAUCUUUUACUGGGGUCGUUUCUGCUCAUAUUUCCUCAUUUGGUUUAUUUUCUCCUCUUUCCUUCUUCGCCUAUAUCUGGGAGUAACAUUGACUAGUUCUGGUCAUCUGAUGCAUGAUAUUCUCGUUUAACUUGUGUGUGAUUUGUCCUACUUCUAGUCUUCUACUAUAAUGGUUCACCAAAUGAGAACAUCAAGAAGAAUCAACAUUGAUAAUGUCUUCCAAGUUAGUGUUUUUAAUCACACAGCACAGCUAAUUGACAGGGGAAUCAGUCCUAACACAUUCCCUCUUUUGACCAAGUCAAACCCACAUUCUUUUAGAAGUUUUAGGACAAGAAGAUUGACCAAGAGGCAAGAUGGUCGAGAAGGGCAGAGAGAAAAAGACUCAUUUUCAUGUGGUAAUAGAUUAUUGUGGGUUUUAUAUAAACGUUACCCAAGCCCGCCUAAUAGUCCACACGGCCUCUACAAAGUAAUGACCAACGGAUGAUAUGACAACAUUUAUAUAUUUUAUAAAAGAGUUUGUCAAUUAAUCGGCAUUCA